AUGGUGCAGUGUAAGAAGUGUAAACAGUAUGUGUCCUUAUCAAAGGAUGAGGUGAUCAAGUGUAAGGGUUCUUGUGAGUCUGUAUUUCACAAAAAAUGUGUUCGAAACCUUAAGAAGCAUAUGCAGAAAGAAAUUUGUGAAGAAUGCCAAAAGAAUGAAAGCCCUGAAAGAAUUAGCAAGCCCAUGAUUGAUGUUGAUCUCAGUAAGACGUCAGUGGAAAUGUUGCUAGGUGAGGUAAACAAAAAGUUAGAGAUUAUCUAUAAAAUGGAAAGGAGCAUUGAAGAACUCAAGGAUACAGUAGACUUCUACGCUGAGCAGUACCAAUCGAUUAUUGAAUUCAAGGAGGAAGCUGAGAGAAAAAUCAAAAGUUUGGAGAAUAAAAAUACCUAUCUGGAAAAAUGUAACAAAGCAAUGGAGGAAAGGAUCUUGGAAAUAGAGCAGAGGGAGAAGGAAAAUAAUAUAGAAAUUGCUGGUCUGGAGAUGCAAAAUAAUGAACAAAUUUUGGAGGUCGUGAAUGUUAUAGCAGAAAAAUAUAACUUGUGCAAGGCUGAUAUUGUCGACGUAAAGAGGGUAGGAAGACCAAAACCAGAAAGAACAAAGCCGCAACCAGUUAUAGUUACUCUUCGGUCGAGAUCGGCACGUGAUAAAUGGCUCAGUCUUCGCAAAACGACAUUAACGAAUGAUCACGUAUAUGGUAAUAAAUCCAAAAGUUCGAUUUACAUUAAUGAGGACCUACCUAAAUACAAGCGACAAUUGUUUUGGACCUCAAAGAAUGAACUAAAACAAAUUUAUAAAUACAUAUGGAUACAGAAUUCUAAUAUAUUAGUUAAAAAAGAAAACGAAACUAAAAUACACAGGAUUUCAUGUGAGAAAGAUAUACAAAAUCUUAAAGCAUAA